ACCCCACACAAUAUUUGUGUGUUUCAAUCUUCAUUUCCACCACUAUAUAAACCAAGCUGCACAGUAAUGAUUUUCAUCAAUAAAGAAAGCGAUCUCACACCCACAUAGAGCAAGGAAAGAAUAAAAAGAAAUAAAGAGGCAAAGGAAGCAAGAAGAAGUUGGGAGAGUUAGAGAAAUAAAGAGGAAAGAGAACAACACCAGUUGUUGAGGCAGCCACAUCGUUCUUGAUUGAACGAGUGCGUUGUUUUCUUUCCUCAAAUUUCUUGAAACACAAAACUUCCUUAACAAAAAUGGCCUUCACUCAGUUCGCUGGUACCACCCAGAAAUGCACUGCUUGCCAGAAAACUGUGUAUCUGGUUGAUCGCCUCGCCGCCGACAACCGCAUCUACCACAAGGCCUGCUUCCGCUGCCACCACUGCAAAGGCACCCUCAAGCUUGGAAACUACAACUCUUUCGAAGGGGUGCUCUACUGCAGGCCACACUAUGAUCAGCUCUUCAAGAGGACUGGUAGCCUCGACAAGAGCUUCGAAGGAAUUCCAAAGGUCGUUAAGACAGAAAAGAUUGUAGAAAACGAGAAUGCAAUCAAGGUGUCAGGCAUGUUUGCCGGAACCAGAGAGAAAUGCAUCGGUUGUGCUAAGACCGUUUACCCCAUUGAAAAGGUUUCGGUGAAUGGAGCUGCGUACCACAAGAGCUGCUUCAAGUGCAGCUAUGGAGGGUGCACGAUUAGCCCAUCGAACUACAUUGCGCAUGAGGGCGUUCUGUUCUGCAAGCACCACCACAUGCAGCUCAUCAAGGCUAAGGGAAACCUCAGCCAGCUCGAGAGCGAAUCCAUCAAAGAAUCAGCAGCGGUGGCUCCAACUUUCGUUGCUGAAGUGAUUGAUUUUGAAGUUGAAGCUCAAGUUGAAGCUGAAGCUGAAGCUGAAGCCGAACCCGAACCUUCACCACAAUGCUGACAACUUAGUGUCUCUCUCUAGAUAUCUCUCUGUUUUUUCGUCCCAAAAGUUUUCUAAUUUUUUUUCUUAAUUUUUUUAGAUUUUUUUCUUUUUCGGGUGUGAAUUUUGAUAUGAUUGCUAGAUGCCGUAAGCAGGUUUUUGAUGUGAAUUGUAUUUUUUGAUCAAUAUAAUUGGACAUCCCCGGCCUUUAAUCACUAA